AUGGCAACUCUCUCUUCGCUCACACUAGAACUUGGUACACCUGAUGCCUCUCGUGUGCAAGAGGCUGUGCAGCGUGUCUUGGUUGAGCAUGACUUGUCAUCACACGACGACACCGUUAUGGCGGAGUAUGUGACAGUGAUGAUCGCGAAUCGCAAGGGCCCUGCCAUGAUUGCAGAUGAGCUCCGAGAACUUGUAGGAGGCGACCUUGAUGCUUCAGUGACACGAGCGCUUUGGAAGAGUGCAUGUGACAUACUUGCUCCAGCUGCAGAGUUGCCGUCUUCCUUACACAACGAACAGCACCAGCAGCAGCCAGAGCUGCGGCGACAACGGCAACGGAAUAGCGAGUCGUAUCAGCCGCAAUCAAAGCACAGGUCUCGUUCACGGUCAGCAUCGCCGCCGCGCAGCCGUGCACAGCAGCAAGCUUCGCCUGCUGCUGCAUCAAAUGAGCGUUGGGAUGGCGAGCACCGACGGUCGGAUCGCUCGACAUCCAAGGCUUCGAAACGUGAUGUGGAACUGUUUCCCUCUUCGAAAGAGCGGCGCAACAACAAAAUGCGCAGUGAUGAUAAGCCGGCGUCUGUGAGCAUUCUUGGUCGUGCAGGUGUGCCGGAUCCUCGCGCUCCGCCCUUUAUGCCACCAUUCCCGGAGGGCAUGGCGGCCCCAUUUCCGGACGGCGUGCCUCCCCCUUUUGCAGCGAUGGCAGCGAUGGCAGCAAUGGCGUCCGGUGGACCAUCGCUCUUUGCGCGAUUGGAUCCUAUGAUGCCGAACAAUCCUCCGCCGAUGCCAGGCGCUGGCCUUACCAUAUCAUCUACGCCACAAACGCCGCCAUUUGGACUGCCGGGAUUGGGCGCGGAUUCUUUUCCGAAUGGACCGCCAGUGCUUCGUGAUAUUGCCGCAUUUCCCACAAAACCAUCAGAGGGUGCACUGUGCCGUUGGUCCGUCCAGUGCACAAAUCCUAUGUGCCCAUACAGCCAUCCGUCGCCAGCGAAUGCUGGUCGUGAUGGCGAUCCAAGUGCAUUGGUGUUAAAAGCCGAUAUCUGCGAGCAUGCAACGGACUGUGCGGAUAAAGAGUGUGUGCGGAGUCAUGUCAGUCCAGCUGUGAGCUUCAUCAAGGCGCGUGGAUCCGUGCCGCCGCCAUCGGGCGUGACGCCGUGCAAAUUCCAGCAGUCAUGCUUGAAUCCCGCUUGUACAUUUACACAUUUUGAUCAGCAAGGCCAAGUUGUACCGCCGCCAGGGCAAAUGCACGCAGCACCGGGUCCUGGCUCUACCGCUGCUACUUCCAUACCAUGUCGUUAUGGCACGGGAUGUACGCGACCAGACUGUGUUUAUAUGCAUCCUAUGCGGUCCACGGUGCCGUCGCAACGGAGUCAUGUGCCUUGCAGAUAUGGCGAUGGAUGCACGCGUCCCGAUUGCUAUUACACGCACCCUCGUGAUGGACCAAGACACCCAACGUCUGAGCGACUCAAAGCAUUUGCUACAGAUGAAGAAGACGAGGACCGUGAGCGGAUCAUCCCUGGCGAACAAUCUGGUGACUUGACGACUCCGAUGCUGUCGUCGUAG